AUGUACACAAUUUUAUUUUUCUUGAUGCUGCUUUCAAUUCUAUCCAAUUCAGUGAAUUGUUCCGAAGAUUCACUCGGAUUAGAUGACAAUGAUGGAAUUCUUUAUGAAUCGAGACCAAUGCCACUAGAGAAAUUUGUCGAUGUUGAACAAAAUGAAAAUGACCAACAACAACAACAAAAUGUGUAAGUCUAGACAAAUCUAACGAGGAACAAUGACAACUUCCAAAGCAUAUUUAAUUUAUCGAACACUUACAGUAAUCAUUUUCCAGUUAGAACAUCUUAUUAGCUAACAUUUCAAAAUUAUAAUCCCCAAACAAAUUUUAAUUAUAGCAUGUCAUUUGUUCCACUUCGUCCAGAUUAUGCAUUUUCUCGAUUUAUGAGCCUUGUCAAUUCGAUGUUUGAUUCACCAGAAAAACGACGAACACGUGAAGCUGAACCAAGUUUGAAUCAUCCAAUUCUUCGAGCACAUCGACUUUUUGUCAAUUUUGGAAGAUUUCGAGGAUAA